CUCUUCACUUGGGCGUUGGACUCCGCAUCUUAUUAGCAACAAGGGAAAUUUCUCCAUUUUGCAGCCUGUCUACAGCGACACGGCCACCAAUCUGGGAUUUUAUUACUUCUACUUACCUGCCAGCUUUUUCCUGCUAUUUUGAAAAAUCCUCCUCACUCUAACUGGACUUUGCUUUAAAUUUUUCCUGUGAACUUUGUGCAGAGAGAGAGAGAGAGAGAGAGAGAGAGAGAGAGACAGCACCGAAGAGCUUUGCGUUUCAACAAAGAGGCUUGUAGGUCUUUGUUCGUGUUUUUGGAUCGGUUGAGUUUCUUUGUUGGAGCGAAAAGCAUGGGAGCGCAAUUGUCCAAGACAACUGGAAAGGCUGAAACCGUGGCUGAAAAGCCCGGAGAGGCUGCAGCUUCACCCACCAAGACCAAUGGACAGGAAAACGGCCACGUUAAAGCGAACGGGGAUGCCUCUCCUGCAGCAGCCGAGAAUGGAAAAGAGGAGAUGCAGGCCAACGGCAGCGCCCCGGCCGAGGAGAGCCCCAAGGAGGAGGCAGAGAAGGCAGAGGCUGCCGCCGCUGAGAAGGAGGCUGCAGAUGGGGAGAAGGUAGAGGCAGCAUCUCCCGCUCCUGCUGAGGGAGAGGCAGCAGCGAAGGCAGAGGACGGCGCCACGCCUUCCACCAGCAACGAAACCCCGAAGAAGAAGAAGAAGCGGUUCUCCUUCAAGAAGUCGUUCAAGCUCAGCGGCUUUUCUUUCAAGAAGACCAAAAAGGAGACAGGAGAGGGAGCAGAGAAUGAGGAGGCGGCCGCAGAAGCAUCCACAGAGGAGGCCAAGGCCGAGGGCACAGAGGAAGCAGCGGCCGCUAGUGAGGAGGCAAAGCCUGCCGAGGGGGAGGCUGCACCUGCCGAGGGGGAGGCUAAGGAGGAGGUAGAGGCCAAGCCAGAGGCGGCAGUGGCAGCAGCGGCGGAGGCAGCACCAGCAGAGAAACCUGCCGAGGAGGCCAAGGAGGCCGCGCCCGCAGAGGAGCCACAGGCCGAGGAGAAGCCAGCAGAGGAGGCUUCCAAAACAGAGGAGGCCGCCCCGGCCUCACAGGAAGCAGCGUCAGCAGAGGCUCCGGCUGCGGUUGCCGAGGCGGCUGAAUAAGUUUGGAAAGAGGAAUACAUUUGGAAAAAAAGGAGAUAAAAAGAUAAUCAAAGAACAUUUCCCUGUUUGUAUGUUGGAGUGACGCCAGGUCCUGGCUUUGAAGAACUUGUCUACAACCAGGGAUAUUUUAAAGCUUUUCUUUAUUUUUGGUUUCCAUUCCCCUUACACAAAACCCAUCUCGGCCCAUUGUUACUUCCAUUCCAACGGGCUAGGGAGGUGGGUGGCUUCAAUAUGUACAACAGCUUAAAUACACCCACACUUUUUUUUUUUUCAUCAGUAUUAAAGGUUUGUUUUAAUUUUUGAAUUUUUAUACAACAUGUAAACAAAAUGGUAUGGACAUGCCCAUAGUAUGAAGGAGAGGGGUUGAGCUGUAAAUGAAGGGGGUGGGGUGGGGGGACUUCAGGGAGGGCAGGGGGGAGCGCAGGAAGGGGCCUGGGAGAUGUGCCACAGACUAUUAUGAAAAGAGUAGUCUAAAAAACUACGAGACCAACAUCUAUACACACACCAUACGGUUUGCAACACUAAGUCCUUUUUACAGUAAGACGACAAGAAAUCCCAGAGUUAGGUUUUUAGGAAGUCAUAUAAACUCAUAGGAGCUUCUCACUUCUCAUUAGCUGUACCAGUCAGUGAUUCAGUAGAAAUUCAAGUUGUAUAGGCUUUAUUGUUUAUCGUUGGUUUUAUGACCUUAAUAAAAAUGUAAGUAUGUAUAGGCGGGGUGUUUUUAACUGUGAUUAUUGUACAAAAUGAAAUCUUGAUCUCAAGAAGCACAUGAAGUUUGCAGCUCUUUUUUCCACCCGCUCAUUUUUGUAAGAUAACACUCAAAAAAAAAGUAAUCCCGAAAGACCUUCUUAAGCAAUUUUGAACUCAAAAACCAAGCUGUGAUAAGUGGAAUGGUUAACUGUUUAUAUACUGUGGUAUGUUUUUUGAUUACAGCAGGCAAUGCUUUUUCAGUGGUCUUUGACCAAAUUUAAGGAAUCUAUCAGAUGCAAAUGUUUGUGUAGCAUCUUGUCUCUCUCUUUCUUUUCCUUUUGUAAAUACUGGAGAAGCUUUGACCAGUUUGACUUAGAGAUGGAAUGUAACUUUGCUUACAAAAAAAUUGCUAUUAAACUCCUCUGCUUAAGGUGUUCUAAUUUUCUGUGAGCACACUAAAAGCAAAAAUAAAUGUGAAUAAAAUUUGA